AUGACGUCUCCUUCAGCAUCAGACCGCGACAUCCUCUUCUUCUUUGCACCAGAGCUGAUCGACUCUACAGAGAUUGAACGGUGCUAUGUUCCACCUCUCACUUUUUCCCUUUUGUUUCUUGUUUACAGAAAUGGCAAUGGUGUUUCUAAUUGCAACCUUCUCAUUUUUACCGAGGAAAAGCUAUUGCUUGAACGCUUUGUUGAGAUUAUUUCUCAUUUUGAUCCUGAUAUUCUUAUGGGAUGGGAAAUUCAAAGUAGCUCUCUUGGUUAUCUUGCUGAACGAGCAUUGUACCUUGGCAUGAACCUACUUAAAAAAUUAUCCCGUACACCAUUUCACGAAAAUAAGGACAAGAUAGAGGAUUCAGGGCAUCCUAAAUUGUCUGAUGUGCUUCCUGAAAUAACAAUUACUGAAAACAUCCUUGAAACUUCAAUAAUAGAGGAUGAGUGGGGCCGUACUCAUGGCAGUGGUUUACAUGUUAGUGGAAGGAUUGUGCUUAAUAUUUGGCGGCUUAUGCGUGGCGAAUUGAAACUUAAUAUGUAUUAUGUUGAAUCUGUGGCCGAAGUAAUUUUGAGGCAAAAGAUUCCAUUGUUUUCUAACAGGAUAUUGAGCCAAUGGUACUCUAGUGGUAUAGGACGUGCAAGAGAUAAAUGCAUUGAAUAUGUCAUAGAGAGGGCAAUGCUUAAUAUUAAAAUUAUGGAUCAGCUUGAUAUGGUCAAUCGUACAUCUGAGCUUGCUCGCAUAUUUGGGAUUGAUUUCUUCUCUGUCAUCUCUCGGGGUUCACAAUUUCGUGUUGAGUCAAUGCUUCUAAGGCUGGCGCACACCCAAAAUUAUCUUGCUAUUUCUCCAAGCUAUCAGCAGGUUGCCUCACAGCCAGCAAUGGAGUGUUUGCCUCUCGUCAUGGAACCGGAAUCUGGGUUAUAUGUUGACCCUGUUGUUGUUUUGGAUUUUCAAUCUCUAUAUCCAUCUAUGAUUAUAGCAUACAAUCUCUGCUUUUGCACUUGCUUAGGGAAUGUCAUAUCAUCAAGAGCAAAUGUUCUUGGUGUUAGCUCUUUUUCUCCUGAUGUGCAAAUCUUGAAGGACUUGAGAGAAAAACUUCUGCUAGCUCCAAAUGGGGUUAUGUUUGUUCCACCGGAGAUCCGAAAAGGUAUAUUACCCCGUCUCUUGGAGGAAAUAUUAUCUACUAGGAUAAUGGUGAAGCGAGCCAUGAAGAAAUUAAAGGCUUCAAAGCUAGUUCUUCACAGGGUAUGUCACCACCACCCAAAAUUCCUCGGCCUAUUUCCCCAACCCCCAUAACCAUCACUGCCACAACCACUACAUUCACAUGUAGAAGCAUGUGCAAAGUCAUGGUUGUAAACUCGUGGCCUUAUUGAUGAUGCUUCUUUUCAAU